AUGGAGCACAUGCGCGAAUGGGUCACAGUCCCCGACGCUCCCUCAACCCCUCAGACCGACUCGGCCGCCGACGCCGAAGAAGAAGCAGCAUACGGUGUACCCGCCUCGAUCCAACCUAUUCGCAAGCCUCAGACCGAUUCUGCCAACAACGACCAGAAGCGCGUCGACCCUUUCCAGUUCGGCACCCGCUAUUUGGAGGAAGGCGACAACAUCUUUGCUCAUAACGCAUGGGACCACGUCGAGACUGACGACACAUAUAAAGAGUUCAUCAAGACCCAGGAAGAGUUCCAAAGGUCCGCUCCUGUCACCGACUUUGACAAGAAGCGCUUCAACCAGCAGCCCGAGAAGUGGUGGGACAAGUUCUACAGCAACAACCGCGCAAACUUCUUCAAGGACAGAAAAUGGCUGGCCCAAGAGUUCCCUGUCUUGGGAGAGAUCACCAAGGAAGAUCACGGUGCUGCGACAAUGUUGGAAGUUGGUGCUGGUGCAGGAAACACAGCAUAUCCUGUCCUGAAUCUGAACAAGAACCCUCUGUUGAAGAUCCACGCUUGCGACUACUCCAAGAAGGCCAUUGAGAUUAUUCGUACACAAGAAGCAUACCAGAACCAGACCACUCUGCGGGCAGAUGUCUGGGAUGCCGCAGGAACCGGUGAAAGCGCCCUACCUNNCCCUGGUCUGGAAGCUGGCAGUGUCGAUGUGGUUGUCAUGAUCUUCAUCUUCUCGGCUCUGUCACCUAGACAAUGGGCACAAGCUGUGAAGAACGUCUGGAACGUCCUUAAGCCUGGUGGUCUGGUUCUGUUCCGUGAUUAUGGCCGUGGUGACUUGGCCCAGGUCCGAUUCAAGAAGGGUCGCUAUCUCGAAGAAAACUUCUACAUCCGUGGUGACGGUACUCGUGUAUACUUCUUCGAAAGGGACGAACUCGCAGACAUCUGGUCCGGCAAGCUUCCAGCAAACAGCUUCCAGGUUGAUGCCUCGGAACACACAGGAGAUGAAGACGAGCUUGCUGGGAAGUUGCAGAAUACCGAGAUCUCAGAGGAGAACAAGAUGCCUGCAUUUGAGAUCACGAACCUGGGUGUUGACAACAGAAUGCUUGUCAACAGACAGAGANNAAAGCUGAAAAUGUAUCGUUGCUGGAUGCAAGGUCGCUUCCAGAAGCCUGCAAACUGA